GCAGGCGCACAUCAUUCUUCAUAAUAAAGGAAAGGCCAGAAUUGUGCAGUCGAGACGACAACUUCUGUGUCCGUUUCAAAUGUAUUACUGCUGGUAUGUAAUAGCACGUUCUAAUAUCGAAAGGACAUGCCAUAACAUGCUAGGUCAAGUCUGAGGCCGGUAACAUCAACAGUGAGGACAAACCCAGCCUGCCUCUCUCCUUCCACACUGAGUAGAAACCUACAGUCACUGGGUCCUGAUUGUGACAGUGGAGCCCAGUUUGCACUGCAGGAUCCAGAGAUGGCAUCAGUGAAGCUGGAAGACUGCAGUCAAGCACUGGAGCUGAAUGUCAACAUUAAAGAUGAAGAAGAGGAGGAGGAGAUUGGGACAUCUGUUUCUCAUGGUAUGAGGCCGGUAACAUCAACAGUGAGGACAGACCCAGCCUGCCUCUCUCCUUCCACACUGAGUCCAAACCUACAGUCACUGGGUCCUGAUUGUGACAGUGGAGCCCAGUUUGCACUGCAAGAUCCAGAGAUGGCAUCAGUGAAGCUGGAAGACUGCAGUCAAACACUGGAGCUGAAUGUCAACAUUAAAGAUGAAGAAGAGGAGGAGAAGAUUGGGGAAUCUGUUUCUCAUGGACGACUAGAAUUAAGUCUGAGGCCGGUAACGUCAAUAGUGACGACAAACCCAGCCUGCCACUCUCCUUCCACACUGAGUCCAAACCUACAGUCACUGGGUCCUGAUUGUGACAGUGGAGCCCAGUUUGCACUGCAGGAUCCAGAGAUGCCAUCAGUGAAGCUGGAAGACUGCAGUCAAACACUGGAGCUGAAUGUCAUCAUUAAAGAUGAAGAAGAGGAGGAGAAUAUUGGGAAAUCUGUUUCUCAUGGAGACCAUGUUGAGACAUUCUCUACAUCCAGAGAGCAACAGCAGGAAGAUCACAGUGCUAAGAGGUCUCACCCCUGCCCACAUUGUGAGGAGAUUUUCCCAUUUUUAUCGAAGCUGAAAAUACACCUAAAAAAACACACAGAAGAGAAUCGGUAUUCCUAUACUGACAGUGGGAAGAGUUUCACAACAUCCAAGACUCGGACAGUUCAUCAGACAGUGCACACUAAAGAGAAGACUUACUCCUGCUCUGAGUGUGUAAAAUGCUUCACAACAUCAACUUGGCUAAAAGUUCACCAGAGAACACACACAGGAGAGAAGCCUUACUCCUGCUCUGAUUGUAUAAAAUGCUUCACAACAUCAGCUAAACUAAAAGUUCAUCAGAGAACACACACAGGAGAGAAGCCUUACUUUUGCUCUGACUGUGGAAAGAGUUUCUCUCUAAUGUGCAACUUAAAACGACAUGAACGUAUACACACAGAGAAGGUUUACUCCUGCUCUGAUUGUGCGGCGAGUUUCUCGCUACUGUGCAAAUUAAAACGACAUGAACGUAUACACAAAGGAGAGAAGCCUUACUGCUGCACUGACUGUGGAAAGAGUUUCUCGCGAUUGAGCCACUUAAAAACACACGAACAAAAACAUACAGGAGAGAAGCCUUACUCCUGCUCUGACUGUGGAAAGAGUUUCUCUCUACUGGGCCAGUUAAAAAUUCACCAACAUAUACAUACUGGAGAGAAGCCUUACUCCUGCUCUGACUGUGGAAAGAGUUUCUCUCGACUGGGCCACUUAAAAACACACGAACAAAAACAUACAGGAGAGAAGCCUUACUCCUGCUCUGACUGUGUAAAAUGCUUCACAACAGCAACUGAGCUAAAACUUCAUCAAAGAACACACACAGGAGAGAGGCCGUACUCCUGCUCUGACUGUGUAAAAUGCUUCCCAACAUCAACUAGGCUAAAAGUUCAUCAGAGAACACACACAGGAGAGAAGCCUUACAUCUGCUCUGACUGUGCGGCGAGUUUCUCUCUACUGUGCAACUUAAAACGACAUGAAAGUAUACACACAGGAGAGAAGCCUUACUCCUGCUCUGACUGUUCAGCGAGUUUCUCUCUACUGUGCAACUUAAAAAGACAUGAACAUAUCCACACAGGAGAGAAACCUUAUCACUGCACUGACUGUGAGAAGAGAUUCUACAGAUUGAGCCAUUUAAAAAGACACCAAUGUAUACAUAAAGGAGAGAAGCAUCAUCAGAUCUCUCAGACCAGCUAAGAUUAGACACUCCACUUAAUUCUCAUCUCAUAAAGUAAUUGGCAACGUUGAAUUGGAACAAAUGAAGAAAGUGUAAAACACUAUAUUGUAAUCCUAUUGUUUCUCACUGUGAGAGAACCAUGCAGAGGAAAGGGAGAGUUAUAGAAUGUUAGCCUCUCUUUACUGAUCAUUGUGCACCUUGUCAGUUUUGGUGUGUUUUGUUAGCUUCUACUGUAAAGAUAUUGAGAUGACCUUGGAUUUGCCCUUAGGGUUGAAUAUCCUCUGUGAGGCGUCUCACAAUGGAGUCUGAUGGUUGACUGGGUGGUACUGCUUCCCCCUGCAGUUUUCUGUGGGAAUGAGCUGGUAGUCACAACAUACUCUGAGUGUACAAAACAUUAAUGACACCUGCUCUUUUCAUGACAUAAACUGACCAGGUGAAAAGCUAUGAUCCUUAAUAAUGUAGUUGUGGUGUAUUUAUUAUGGAUUCAUUUUGGAUCCCCAUUAGCUUUCAGUAGGAAACAGGAUGUUGCAGUGGGCUAAGGAAUGAAGACACUGGAUACUGGAGAAUGAAUUUGAACAACAUUUCCUGGUCUGAUGAAUCCCUGUUCCUGCUGUUUCAUGCUGAUGGGAGGACUAGGGUAUGGAGGAAACCACGAGUACAUGCAUCCAGUGGUGGAAAAAGUACCUAACUGUCAUACUUGAGUAAAAGUACCUUAAUAGAAAAUUACUCAAGUGAAAGUCACCCACUAAAAUACUACUUGAGUAAAACGUCUGCUAAAUGACUUAAAUGUAAAUGUAAAUGUAAAAGUAUUUGGUUGUAAAUAUACUUAAGUAUCAAAAGUAAAAAUAUGAAUAAUUUCAAAUUCCUGAAAUUAAGCAAACCAGAUGGCACAACUGUGUUGUUUUUUCUUUAGGAAUUUAGUGAAAUAAAAGUUGUCAACAAUAUAAAUAGUAAAGUACAGAUACUACUAAAGUAGUUCUUUAAAGAAAUUAUUCUAAAGUACUUUACACCACUGUAUGCAUCCAUGCCGUGUGUCAGCAUUGCAGGCUGGUGGGGUGAUGGUGUGUUUUCAGGGCACACAUUGGGCCCCUUGAUAAAGGUUGAACAAUGUUUGAAUGCCACAGGAUGUCUAAACAUCAUUGCCAAUCAGGUGCAUCCCUUCAUGGCAGCAGUGUAUCCUUCUGCAAAUAGAUUUCUUCAGCAGGAUUAUGCCCCAUUCCACAAGGCUUGUCCACGAAUGGUUCCAAGAACAUGACAGUGAAUUCAGCUUACUGCAGUGGCCUGCCGAGUCACCAGAUCUCAAUCCAAUUGUUCAUCUGUGGGAGGAGAUAGAACGAGCUGAUGAUGAUCAGUUUUCAGCAUUAGUUUGGGUGGAUUAUUAUACAACUUUUGUUUAAUGAUAAACAGGCUAUGAAUCGACUACUUGUGUUUAUUAAAUUGUCUUUUAAUACUGGAUUCAUUAUUUUAGUCAUUGAUGAUGAAUGUAUUUGAAUAACUGUAUUGAAGUUAAUUGAUCUGGCGGCAGGUAGCCUAGCGGUUAAGAGUGUUGGGCCAGUAACUGAAAGGUUGCUGGUUUGAAUCCCGAGCCGACUAGGUGAAUAAUCUGCCAUUGUGCCCUUGAGCAAGGCAAUUAACCCUUAUUUGUCCUGUAAGUCGCUCUUAUCCAGAGAUCUGCUAAAUGACACAAAUGUAAUGAAAAAUGUUUGUACAUGAAUUCAUGCUGGGCAACCUCCUCUUCUCUUGUGUAUAAUUAAAUUAAAUAAACUGAAGUGAAAUACUGUAUAUACAAUACACAACAUUACUGCUUUGUUGACCCUGUCCCUCUGGCCAGGGUAAUAGUAAGCAAAUUUUUCGGACAAUUUUUUUUAAAAGAGAGGCUACCUGGAUCUUUAAUUUAAAGACCCUUGCUCCCUUCAUUCUCAAUGUAGACUUUGAUCUGAAGCCAUUCUUGUGAUUGUGCUAUUCAUUGUAAAUGUUUGUAGGCCUAUGUAGCAAAAUUGUAUCUGUGAUCGUAUGCUCUCAUGUUUUUGAUGUUAUUUUUUAUCUAAGAAUUAACCCCAUGAUAUCAGGGCACACCCGGCCAUGAUUACAGACACCUGUGUGUGUCCUUUGACACUAUGUAAACUAGUGACGCACAGUGUUUCUCAUUAUACCCUGAUGAAGACUUUGGUUAUUAAAUUAUUGCGUUUGAGCUUUUAAAGUGUGCGUCUCUCCUUUCCCUUUUCAAGUGUUCUACUCCGCUAGCCAGCACCUCCACUAAACAGGUGUUCUACUCCGCUAGCCAGCACCUCCACUAAACAGGAGUGCGCUUCUUUCGCCUCCAGGUCUCUGUUUGUAAGUCAUGGAUAUAAUAUGUCUCUCUGUAAGUCAUGGAUAUAAUAUAUCUUUCUGUUUGUAAGUCAUGGUUAUAAUAUGUCUCUCUGUUUGUAAGUCAGGAUAUAAUAUGUCUCUGUAAGUCAUGGAUAUAAUAUGUCUCUGUAAGUCAUGGAUAUAAUAUGUCUCUCUCUGUAAGUCAUGGAUAUAAUAUGUCUCUCUCUGUAAGUCAUGGAUAUAAUAUGUCUCUCUCUGUAAGUCAUGGAUAUAAUAUGUCUCUGUAAGUCAUGGAUAUAAUAUGUCUCUCUGUAAGUCAUAGAUAUAAUAUGUCUCUGUAAGUCAUGGAUAUAAUAUGUCUCUCUGUAAGUCAUAGAUAUAAUAUGUCUCUCUGUAAGUCAUAGAUAUAAUAUGUCUCUCUGUAAGUCAUGGAUAUAAUAUGUCUCUCUCUGUAAGUCAUGGAUAUAAUAUGUCUCUCUGUAAGUCAUGGAUAUAAUAUGUCUCUCUCUGUAAGUCAUGGAUAUAAUAUGUCUCUCUCUGUAAGUCAUGGAUAUAAUAUGUCUCUCUCUGUAAGUCAUGGAUAUAAUAUGUCUCUCUGUAAGUCAUGGAUAUAAUAUGUCUCUCUCUGUAAGUCAUGGAUAUAAUAUGUCUCUCUGUAAGUCAUGGAUAUAAUAUGUCUCUCUCUGUAAGUCAUGGAUAUAAUAUGUCUCUCUGUAAGUCAUGGAUAUAAUAUGUCUCUCUCUGUAAGUCAUGGAUAUAAUAUGUCUCUCUGUAAGUCAUGGAUAUAAUAUAUCUCUGUAAAAACAA